AUUCAAUUCACACACAAACACGUAUUUUUUUUUUCGCUAAACCUUUGACCCGCCAUUAACGAGAUUUGUGUAUCAAAUUUGUAGAAAAAACAAGUUAUUUGAUUUGAUCCUUACAAACAACAGAAACUCAUUUUUGUUAUCUUUUGAUUGAGCUUUGAGUUCGUAUUUGAAGAGUUCAUGAUCAUCAGGCUUUAUACUUUUCAAAACUUGAAGCCUUUAUGUUGAAAAACUUGAUUAAUUUUAUCAACUGAUCUCCUUCAACAUCGAUUUAUCAAAACAUCUUAAAACUAUCGAAUUUACAACGACCAAAGACCUACAAGGAACCGCCAAACGAAAACCCCCAAGCGAACCUACUUAUUCACUAUGACACUCUCUACUCGACUUAUCACUCUUAUCACUCUCAUUGUCUCAACCUCAAUCUCUUACACACUCGCUCUUACUUGUCCUGAAGAAGCUCCAUUAGAAGAAUCACACGAUGGAUACUUUGAUCAGCUUACAUUGUACACAUUAUCAAAAACCAUUAGAACAAAGACAAAUCGUUCGAAUCUUACUAAUGGCACCAUUAUAUUCGAUAAUCUCUUUCUUCGGUUACCGAUACUACAAAGAAUACAUAUCAUUUGGGAUCAUCCGAGACUGUUACGAAGCAUUCGUCUUAGCUUCAUUUUUGAUUUUAUGUUUACUUUAUGUUGGACGUUCACCCUUAGAACAACGUGAAGUGAUGACACGUAAAGAGAAAACUAAACUUUCUUUUCCGUUCUGUUGUUGGUAUUUUAGACCUUCUAAACCUUACUUUCUGUUUGCUGUCAAAUGGAGUGUGAUGCAAUAUGUGAUCUUAAGACCGAUCAUUUCACUCGUUUCGAUUAUUACUAAUAGUUUUGAUGUCUUCUGUGGUGCUUCUUAUGAUUAUCGUUUUGCUAAUGUUUGGCUUACAGUUAUCACCUUCAUAUCUGUAUCUGUUGCACUUUAUGGGUUACUUUUGUUUUACCAUCUAGUAGCAGAUGAUCUAGCAGGCCAUAGACCAAUGAUGAAGUUUUUAUCUAUCAAAGUGGCUAUCUUCUUGGUCUUUUAUCAAACUUUUGUUUUCUCGGUUCUUAGUGGACUUGGUUACAUUAAAGCUACAAGGUCUUGGACAUCUGAUAAUAUUGCAGAUGGACUGAAUGCACUUUGUGUGACGAUCGAGAUGGCUAUCGUUAGUAUCGUUCAACUCUUUGCUUUUCCUUAUACAGAAUAUGCAAUUGUUAUUAAAGGUUCUGGAAAGGAUAAAACACCAUUUUGGUCUAGUUUUGCUCACUCACAAGAUUAUCGUGAUUUUCUUUAUGAUAUUACUUCUUCUAUUCGUUUCUUUAUUGAUAGAUGGAGAGGAAAAGCCUACACAAGAUCACCUAGUACACAACAACAAGGUCAUGCCCUCGAUUUCCAAGCAGCUUUUGGAUUAGGUAGAGGUCUGAGACAUGUGGGAGGAGGAUUAGCCGAAUUCGCUUUACCUAAAGUUCCAUUAGAACGUAGAUCUGAUGAAGAUGAAUUUGAUGAUGGAUCUGAAGAUUUCGAUCAGACUAAAGAAGCACAUCAUUUACAUCAUCAACAUACUUAUUCAUCUGUUUCUAAAGAUCAUAAUCAUCAUGAAGUUUAAACCAAAUUCCAGAAAAACCUAAUCACUUUUUGAAAACUUGGAAUGCAUCGUAAACUGAAAUUAUGACUUGGUUUCUUUCUUUUUGGUUGAAGUGUGGGUUCGUUCUACUUGGAUUGUUCUUUGAUUUUUUUUUGUUUUGUAAUAGAUUUUUGUACGCAUCAAUAUCUUUUUUUUUCUUUUUUCAUUCUUUAUCACUCUUCUGGAAUAGAAACCAUCUUUUUCUUAUCUUUCAAUUAGACUUUUUCUUUUUUUCUAUUCAAGCUUUUGAGCAUGGUUCUUUUUCUCUCUCUUUCUCUCUCUUACCUUUUAAAUUCUCUAGAAUAGUUUUUUUUUCUUAUCUGUUUUUUUUGCAAUUUUUAAAUCAAGAAAUCAAUUACAGUAUGUUUUGUUUUUCUCAUGCUGGUCAUUUUUUUCUCUUUUGCAAAAUGUUUAAUUUUAUGUCUGUUUUUUUUCUUUGGUUUUUUGGAAUUGUUAACAUUUUGUAAUUAAUCUUGCAUACAAUGAAUCCUAUUAAAAUUUCAUCCC